CUCCGUCUUGAAUCUCGAUCGAACUGCAACACAUUGAAAGGAAGACUAUUCCUCGACCGCCCUCCCCUCGUGACACGAUCGAUCUGGUCCACUGCUCACUGUUCUGGAAUCCCGGCUUCGUCAUUGAUCACAAUUACAUGAGCAGAGGGAGUUUUUGGUUUCCGGAUUUGAUAACGCGGUCCUUAUCGAAUAUACUUUGCCCUCCUGCUGCUGCAACAUGAGUGGGAAAGAACCCGCCGUAAAGCUAGAUGACGAGCAGCUCACGGAGCUGAGGGAGAUAUUCCGGUCUUUUGAUCGGAACAAGGAUGGAAGCCUGACCCAACUUGAGCUCGGGUCCCUCCUUCGGUCAUUGGGCCUGAAACCCAGCCCUGACCAGCUCGAGGCCCUGAUCCAGAGGGCCGACAGGAACAGCAACGGGCUCAUAGAGUUCUCAGAGUUUGUGGCCCUGGUAGAGCCAGACCUCGUAACCUCGAAGUGCCCUUACUCAGAGGACCAGCUGAGGCGGAUCUUCAAGAUGUUCGACCGGGACGGGAAUGGCUACAUCACAGCCGCUGAGCUUGCACACUCAAUGGCCAAGCUGGGACACGCGCUAACCGCAGAAGAGCUGACGGGGAUGAUCCGGGAGGCAGACACAGACGGCGACGGGUGCAUUAACUUCCAGGAGUUUGCGCAGGCCAUCACAUCUGCAGCUUUUGACAAUUCUUGGGGUUGAGAUUCAUGUGGGAAGACAAGUUCUUGCUCUUCAUCCUGUUAUCCCCGACUACUGUCGGUCGUUAAUUUCAUAUUUGAAUCAAACCCGAAAUCUCUUCAGUUA